CGACGACUUUUCACGGUGGUCAAGCGCUGUGGCUGAUCUUGUCCUCGCUUGCGAUCUACGCUUCCAAAAUGCCUCUCGCUGCAGAAUCCUCUGCAGUCUACAUCCAAAACACCGCUCCUGGAUUCAUCUCGACACCAGGGCGGGCCCCGACCUCGGUUACGGUCCACCCUGUGGCUCUAUUCUCCAUACUCGACCAUUAUCUUCGGCGCACAGAAUCUCAAGAGCGAGUGAUUGGUACCCUCCUCGGGAAGCGCUCCGACAAUGGAGAAGUCGAAGUGCGCUCGUCAUUCGCCGUCCUGCACAGCGAGACGGAGGAACAAGUCGCGGUAGACAUGGACUACCUGAAGACGAUGUACGAUCUGCACCACAAAGUGAACCCGAAGGAGGUCAUCGUAGGAUGGUACUCCACCGGGUCGAACCUUAACACGUACUCUGCCCUCAUCCACAACUUCUACUCGCAAGAGGCGGCACCCCACCAGGUAGUGCACCUGGCUGUCAACACGGGCAUAGUGGAGGGCGAGAAGGCGGGUGUGAAGGCAUACGUCGGGUCGCCCGUUGGUGUCUACCCUAAGCCGGAAAACUGCGUCUUCGCACCCAUCCCAUGCGAGCUCCGAUUCCACGACGCCGAGCGCAGUGGCCUCGAUUUGCUGACCACAACAUCCGUCGCCCUCAACUCUACAACCCCCCAUCCCGUAACAGAUCUCGAAGUCCUUGAGCAAUCCCUCAAGUCCGUUGCGGAGAUGCUCGACCGUGUACUGUCAUACGUGCAGUCGGUCCUCGCAGGCGAGGUCAAGGGAGAUGCUGCCGUCGGGCGAUACCUCAUGGACAGACUUGGCGCAAGCACAGAAGAUCUAGAGAAAGGAGGAUUCAACUCAAGUCUGCAGGUACGGAACCAUGAAGCUCGGAUGAUAAGCAGCGUGGCUCACCUAUACUCCCUUCAGGAUACACUGAUGGUGUCGUAUCUCGCCAGCCUCGUGCGCUCGCAGGCGGAAGUGUCGGCACGACUCGCACUUGUUACAUCAACGUAGUCGCUCGGCCAACUGUAUGAUAUUUCUUGUAGUGAUCUUUGGCUACCGGGGUGUACGAGAGCCAUAUUGUAGUCUUGCAGCAGCGUCAGCUGUUGAAAAUCCGCGAAUGUUGGAGGUCAUGCCGUGCAGCUAGGAUCUCGCCCAACGGCCAGGUGACUGCAGGUCCAUGGUGAACUUCGUCAAUAGGAUGCCUCCA